AUGUUCCAAGCUUCCUCCAUCUUUCUCUUCCUUUUCCUCAACAUUAUCCAUGUCCAUAUUGUACGUUCCUCUCCUUUAGGGGAGGAGCAGAGACAUCAAACCAUCCAUCGAAUGUCACAUAGUGAACCCACCAAUGAACAUUUAGAGCAGAAGGAGGUUCCACUACUUUCCCAAAGUGAAUAUAAGAAGGCAGAUACGGCACAGGAGAGAGAUGCACCACUGCUACACCCUCCAGCUGCAGAAGAUCAGGGGGAUGAGCUAUUCAAAGACAUCAGCCCUAAAGCCCUUGCUGCUGUACUCCUACAGGCACUAAAUGUAGAUGGAGGAAAGCAGUCCCCUCCACCAUUAAGUGAAAGAAAACUUACUGAAGAAAACCAAUCAAUAAAAGAUGAUAAAGAAGAUGAUGAUAUGACAGAAAGAGUAAAUAGCUGGACACGGAGCUCUGAGAAGGAAGGAGAGGUGAGAGAAGAUGAAAAGAUGGUGGAAGAGGAAGACCUAGAUAGUGUUAAGUCUUUGCUAAAGGAGCUGGAGGGUUUUGAAACUCCCCCUAAAAGAGAAAAAGAACCGCCUCAAGAUUCUAGCUCUGACAAUAAUGACUUAGAAGUCUUGAGAGAGCUUUUGGGACUUGAAGAACAAAGGGAGGAGGAGAAAAGGAGUGCCCAAAAAACAGACCCCAAAACACCUAAACAGUUGGAGGGAGAGGAAGAGGGUGAGAAGCUAGCAGAGGUGGCACAAGAUAUGCUACUUCAGUAUCUACUGAAUGGAGGAGAGAAUGUGGAAGACCAAGAUGAGGAUGAAAAAGAAAAAGAGGGAGAGGCUGAGGAGGUAGAAGAUUACCUAGGUUCAGAUUUUGUGGGUGGACAAAGACCCUUAUUUGAGGAUGAAGAGGAAGAAAAUGUUCAGGAAAAGAGGUCAAAAGAAGAUGAUGGAGAAGAAGUUGACCCACAAACUAUUGAUAAACUGAUUGAGCUGUCCAGCCGAUUGCACCUCCCAGCAGAUGAUGUAGUUGAUAUAAUAAGUGACGUAGAAAAGAGAAAGAGGAGGAAGAUGAAGAAGAAAAAGGCAAGAGAUGAAAUCCCAAGUAGAAAAGAAAGAACUAGAACCCCUCCACAAUCCUGGCCAGAACCUCCCAAACCCAAACCUGCCUAUUACUCCAGGAGGAGACUAGAGAAAGAACAGUCCUGGAACAAAGUGCCAGACAUAGACUGGAAUAAAGCGUCUGGGCCAUCUUGGAAUAAAAUAGAUCCAACCUGGAAUAAAGUGUCAGAGCCCAGUUGGAAUAAGAUUCAACAGCCAAGCUGGAAUAAGGUUAAAAAACCAAGCUGGAAUAAGGUGCAACAGCCAACAUGGAACAAAGUGCAACAGUCAAAUUGGAAUAGUGUAUAUGAGCCAACACCCCGCAGAUACCGCACUCGUCCAGCAACAUUCCCUAAUUAUAUUAGGCCAAGAGCAUUCCAAACUCUUCCUCGAUACUAUUACAAGCCUCCAUCCCCACAGAGAAAUGAUUAUUUUGAUGAAGAGCAGGACAGGCAGGAGGAGAUGGAGAACUAUAUUGAAAGGAUUCUGCUUACCCAUCCUGAGGUCUUCCAGUGAUGUGCCCUGAUCCCUAAACCAAACAAAAACAAGUAAUCCCAGUGACAAAACACACAAAUAUUCCAUUCAACUCAGCUGAAUAAUACAAAUUUAUCUGUAAGAAAUCAGCUGGACAAGCUUCAUUCAAAUGAACUCAGCCCAGAAAAUCAUAUCCAUUUAAAACAAGAAACAUUGAAUAUAUAUAUAUGUAAAUGUAUAUGUAGGAAGCUCUGCAUCUGAGUGACUGAAAGUGUCUGUGUAAUGUAUUAACCUGACAUAUUCUGGGCAAUUUAAAAAUGGCAGACAUUAUCCUUGGUUGAUCAUGCAAACCAGUAUUCUAUGAAACCCUAAAAAAAGACUGUUUAUAAAUAUAACAAAGUGAGGCAUUAUAUAUAAAUCCACAGCAUAUGAUGUAGUAUUCCAGGGAUUCAAAAUGACUGGCUUAUUUGGAAAUAAAGCCUUAAUUGUAUUAGCAAGAAGAAAAAAAUGAAAAACCCCAGUGUUUUUUCAUUCAUAAACAGAUUGUGAUUCAAAUCCCAGGGUUUUAACUCUUUAUGCCAGAACAUUCCUAUAAGAGGUAGAUAAUCCUAAAUAUUUGGAGAUCCUAUUUAUGUUAUGAACGACAUGGACAUAAGAUAAGCCUAUCUUUAAAAUGAAUCAAUUAGAUAGCUCCAACCCCACUUAUUAUUAAGGAUUUUACCACUACAGAAAGCAAGUUUUUUUUUUUGAGAAUAUGAAUAAUUGCACUAAAUAUGGGGAACGGUAGGGUAUCCCCAUUCCUGAAAUGUAUUUCACAUUUUAUCUAAAGUAUCAGUAGUUUAUAUCUCUUCAUGAUGGUUUAAAAAAAACGAAAAAAAAAACAAAAAAACAGAAAUUCCGUUAGGGAUAGAGAGUAGGAGUCUCUCUUUAAAUUGAGCACAAUAUUUUUUUAUAAAAAACCCUCUGUAUUUACCAAAAUAUAGCAAACCAAUGAAGACAUUUUAAGAGUAUCUGCCAGGUCCUGCCUGAGCCCGCUUCCCUAGUUUAGCUCUGGUUGCAUGUUCCCCUUAGUAUCCUUCCAAUGUCUUGGCUGCUGUGGCCUUUUCUGUGAUAAUGUCUGUGUUAUCUUGCUAAUAAAGAGCUUUCUCUCCUCUCUUGUUUGUACAUAUCACAUAAAUACUUUUUGCUAAGGAAAUAAAGCUGACUAUUUUAUUAUGA